GGAGUGAUGUGUUUUCCUCCUUUCCGGAAGUGUGGAGUGAAAUCUGUAACACAGCCCAGGUUUAGGAGAAGAUCAGCACUUUAACGGAAGCUCAUCAGAGAAGCGAGUUCCUCCAGAGAUGAAGGAGGUCACGCCGCUUCAGCCGGACUCGAACCCCGGGACGGAGGCUCUGCGUUACUCACGCUGCACUGCUCGGAGUCUGGAGAACCGGAUCCUGACCCAGGCCCCAUCGCUUCUCCUCCAGCCGCCUCCAUGGGCAAACCUGACCUCGUCGUGUCCAGCUCUCUGCCCGUCCAGCCUGUCCUCCACAGCCUCGUCCUCUCCUCUGCUGUCCACAUCAUCCAGCCUGCUGUCCUCGUCUCUGCUCAGCACCGAGAACACUCAGCUGAAGUACGACCCGCUCACGCUCUCGUCUCUGUGCUCUUCUCAACCUCUGAGCUCACUGAUUCAAAGCACAGCGCCACCUACUGGUUCUGAAGCUCAUGAGAAACAUGCGGAGAUGAAAAUGGAGGAAGGUGAAUCAUGCUCCACUGACGAAUUCUCUUCAUACAGCGAGGAGCUAAAUGAGACCUUCGAUCAUGAGGAACAGAUGGCGAUGGAGGUUGAGGGUGAGCCCCCAGCUGAGAUGCCUGUCCUGAAUCUCAGGCUUACUGAGGAAGAGGAGAAGCCAACGCUUGACCUGGAUGAAGGGUUUGGAGAGUUCGAAGCAGGCUCAGAUGAACAAGCAGAAUUACUGAAGGAAAAUAAGUAUAAGCUGCUGAAUGUGGUGUGCUGCUCCAUGGUGCACAAGACCAAUUUUCCUGGACAGCAGGACUGGGAUUCUAGUGGAUCUAUGUGGAACAGAAUAAAACUCCUGGGUACCCAUAUCACUCUUCAUGACCCGGAGUUCCUGCUCAAGGUGGCUGUUUACACCAGACAGGAACUGAACAUCCGCAUCACAGCUAACUUCCUGCUUGCCCUCGCUGCUCACCUGCCCAACUCUAAACCGCACCUGAGGAGGUAUUUCUGCUCCGCUGUGCAACUGCCAUCCGAUUGGCUGGAAGUGACGAGGAUAUACAGCACGUGUUUCAGCAGGUCUCUGCCAUCGGGUCUGAAAAAAUCUCUGACUGAUAAAUUCAAGCAGUUCAGCGAGUAUCAACUGGCCAAGUAUAACACACGCAAACACCGCUGUAAACACAAGAAAAAACGCAAAGAAAAGUGUGUGCAAAAGGUCUCUCCUGAGCAAUGGGAUAAUUGGGCGUGGCUCGUGCUUGCAGAACCUUCUGCUCUUAAGUCAUAUCUGAAGAUGGACCAGAGACCAGCGGUGGAUAAAAAACAAAGCGAGUUUAAUAUGAAGAAGCUGAUAAAACGACUCCACAUCAAACAGCCGGCCGAGUUCGUCAUGAGCAUCCUUGGGAAAAGAUACCCGGCGGAUGUGAGGGCGUUCUGGCGCAGUGGGCUCAGUGGGGUGUGGCAGAGUGAAAGAGCCAAUCAGAAGAUGAGACUGAAGCAGCCGGAGACGUGGGAGACACGACUGAGUCAGGAAGGAAACAACGCCAGAACCUGGGAGAAGCUCAUAGAUAAUAACUCUCUCCCCUUCAUGGCCAUGCUGAGGAACCUGAGGAACAUGAUCACGCAGGGCAUCAGCCACAAACACCACGACAAGAUCCUCAAACGCCUCAGCUCAAAGUCGGCUGUGAUCCAGAGCCGUCAGUUCCCCUUCCGCUUCCUGUCGGCUUAUAAAGUCAUUCUGCAGCUCAAGAGUUUCAUCAGUGAUGAGAAGGCGAAAAUCAUCAGGAAGAAUGUCCUGCAUGAGAUUUUGCAGAAGAUACCAAGGAAUCCAAAAUGUAGGCGAACUUCUUGGUCGACAGUGAACCGGAGCAGGCUACGCCUUACACUCCGGAUUCCUUUUAUCCGUGGUUUCUAUCGCUCAAAACUCAAAGCGCUACAGAAAGUCAGACUGAAACACUACACUCCAGAGCUGCUGCAGCGUUACUGUCAGGCCCUGGACAAGGCCAUACAGAUCUCCUGCAGGUUCAACAUCCCUCCUCUGUCAGGACACACAAUCAUCAUCAUGAACGCUUCCUGCAUGUAUAAAACAGUGCCAGAAGCUGAUUUCUGCCUCCCUCCUGAGUCUUCAGACGGAAACCCGGAGAACACAGACCUCUCACCUCGGUUGGCGGAGGUGGCAUCGCUGCUGGCCGUGAUGAUCAGCUACUGCAGUGAGCACACACAGUUCCUCCUGGGAGACGAUGAUGGUUUACAGGAGAUCCAGUUCGAGUCUGAUGGGCUUUUGGAGAACGCGAGAAGAGUGGCCAAGCUGGUCUCGGAAUGUCCAAAAGCGUCUCGGAAGAUCAUGCACGGCAACUUCUUCUGCAAGCUUCUUGAAGAGAAAACAAAGGUGGAUAACAUCAUCGUGGUGGGUGAAUACUAUUGGGAUCGGGAGACGAGGCAUGCGAUUCAAAGAUUUCGGAAACUCUCCGUCAACGAACCUUUGGUGGUGAACAUUUUUCUCAGCCUGGGUAAUAUUUGGGACGACACUGAAGCGGAUUCUAAAAUGGUGAACUUGCACGGCUUCAGCGAGCAGAUCCUCAGGUUCAUUUCUGAGCGCGGUUCCUCCAGAUUUUUGGAUCAUGUAGAACAAAUCGACAAACUGCACAACAUUCCUCCUCCAGCAGGUUCUACGGCAAAACCAGAGAGAACCAGCGAUGUCAUGCCCCUGCCUGCGGUUCCCAAACUCCGGUGGCAUGGCGUGCGUGUCUUCAUCUCGUCUACGUUCAGAGACAUGCACGGCGAGCGAGACGUCCUGGUCCGCAGCGUUUUCCCUGAGCUGCGGCGGCGAGCGGCUCCCUUCUGUCUCCACCUACAGGAAGUGGACCUACGCUGGGGCGUCACCGAGGACGAAUCCGCACGCGCCGCUGAGAUCUGCCUCCAGGAGGUCUGUCGCUCUCAGGUGCUGCUGGGAAUUCUGGGAGAGAGAUACGGCCUGAGGCCGCCUCGGCCCUCGCUGCCUGACCUGCCUCACUACAGCUGGUUGAAGUCGGCUCCUGACGGUCUGUCAGUCACAGAAAUGGAGAUUCGUCAGUUUCAGGCCGUGUUUCCUGAUUCUGCUCAGAGCCGCAUGUUCUUCUACUUCAGAGCUCCUCAGCUGCUCAGCUCAAUGCCUGAGGCUUGGAGAGACGACUUUGCAGCUGAAUCUGCGGAAACUGCAGCUAAAAUGAAUGAACUGAAGGAAUGGAUCAGGAACAACGACUUCAGAGUGACGGAAAAUUAUCCGUGUGAGUGGGGCGGAGUCGUAGACGGAAAAGCAUACGUUAAAGCUCUGGAGGAUUUUGCAAAAGCUGUGAUGGAGGAUCUGUGGUCAGCAAUACAGACGCUUUUUGUGGAGGAAUCCGAUGAGGUGGAUCUGACGGUGGAGAUUAAAGAGCAGGAAGUGCACCAGGAUGCUCAGCGGCGGCAGUUUUACGGCAGAACGAAGCUGCUUUCAAAGGCAAAACAGAGAAUCGAGGAAUGUCAGCAGAAAGGCGGGGUUCUGCUGGUGGAGGGCGGGGCUGGCGUCGGCAAAACGGCUUUCAUGGCUGCGUUGGCUCACACGCUCCAAACUCCAGACAAGAUGAAAAAAGUACCGAUGUGUGAUGUCAUAUCCUACUCUACAGCUGCUAGCCAAUCAGCUUCUGGGGUUGAGCCCCUCCUACGCUGCCUGGUCCAAUGGUUGAGGAAGAGGAAGCAGCAGGAGGAGGAGCUUCCUUCCAGCACACCUUACAAAGGUCUGCUGUCGGAGUUACUCUCGCAUCUGAAGGAGGUGAAGAAAGGACGAUCUCUCGCUUUACUCAUCGAUGGAGCGGAUUUGGUGCACGAUGCUACAGGGCAACGAAUUUCCGAAUGGAUACCACAACGCGUUCCUCAGGGUGUGUGCCUGGUCCUGAGCGUCGCUACGGAUUCAGUUCUCCACAACAUUAUGAGCAAAAAUAAAAGCUGCACGCUGUUUGCGCUGGGGCCGUUACUGCUGCCGGACCGGAAAGAGAUUGUCCAGAAGGAGCUGAGUGUGUACGGGAAGAAACUGAGUGAUUCCGCCUUCAAUAACCAGCUCCAGAUGCUGCUGAUGAAGAAGGGAGCUGUGAGUCCACUGUAUCUCCGCUUGGCCUGUGAGGAGCUCAGGAACUACGCCUCGUUUGAAAAGAUGAAGGAGAACCUGCAGUGUCUCCCCGUGUCUCUGUGUGAACUGAUUCAGCACAGUCUGAUCAGGCUGCAGGCUCAGUACGGAGGAACAGGACUCAACUGGACCCUGGCUGCUCUGACUGUCAGCUCCACUGGUUUGAAGGACCGAGAUCUGCACUUCCUGUUGAACCUGUGCACCGAUCUGAGCUCCACACACACUGUGCUGAACUGGCAGGAAGUGAUCAAACUCGCCAGGAACCCAAAAACCAGAGUGCCCAUGGCCACGUUCUCACAGCUGGCUCGAAGUCUGCACAGUCUGAUCGGGUCGUCUCUGUCUGUGGAACCGGAUCAGUCCUUGGUUCUCACCAAUCCAGAUGUGAAAUCAGCGUUUGAGCAACUUUUCCUCUCUGAUCCGGACAACAGAACCAGAGCACACGUGAUUCUCGCAGCCCACCUGUGGGUGCGGUCAGAUCCACACGGACACGACACGUUCCUGCACUGUGACCCGGACGCACUCGCGCAGCUUCCUGCUCACCUGGUGAAAUGUGGCCAGUGGGAGGCGAUGCACUUCCUGCUUUGCAGCUACUACUUCCUGUAUGCUAAUGUGCAUCAUGGACUCCUGCGCAGCCUCAUGGAGAAUUACGUUCUGUAUGAAAAGAGGAAUGAUGUAGACAAGCCACACUGUCCAGAGGCAUUCGACUGCUCAGACGAGCUCGUAGCUUCUUGUCACUCGUUCCUGAAGCGCCACGCCCCCUUGCUCUCCCAUUGGCCAGCUCUGUUUGUGCAGCAAGCCCUAAACGAACCAGACGCCUCAGCGGCUCACGCCUGGGCUGUUGGUGCAGUGGAGGAGGGAAACGCCCACAUUGUCAGAUGGAUGAACAACUUGAGAGAAUCCCAACAGGAAGCUGGUGAGCUGCUGUCCACGUUUCGGCGCACUCCGUCCUGUGUGUCUCUGAGUCCUGCGGGGAUUCUCAUAGCGGUGGGGACAGAACAGGGUUCUCUCCACCUCUACCACACACACACCAACCAGGAAGUGAAGUCACUGGUCAGUAACUGUGACGGGAUCUCAGGCUGUGUGUUUCUGGAUGAGUGUGUGCUGUGGACGACGUCAUACGAUGGACAGAUGGAGGCAUGGGAUGUUAGCAGUGGCUGUAGGACGGCCCACCUGACCGCCCACUCCAACAGGAUAACAGGAUGUGAUGUCAGCUCAGACAGGAAACACUUUGCAACUGUUUCCUUAGACUCAAGUCUGAAGGUGUGGUCCUCCCAGAAGGGGAAGCAGGAGGCGUCUCUACUGAACCCAUCCCCUCUGAACUGUGUGACCUUUGACCCUGAGGGGAGUCUGGUGGCGGUGGGCUGCUGGGACAGAGCAGUGCGCGUGUGGGACUGGAUCAAACAGGAGAACUGCAUGACUCUGUCAGGUCAUCAGUGUUCGGUACGCAGUGUGUCGUUCUCUCCGUCCUCCUCUCUCUCCCUCCUCUGUUCGGGGGCGUUGGAUGGAGAGAUGAGGUUGUGGUCGCUUCCCGGCGCGUCCUGUGUAUGGGGCUCUCGCGCUCACUGCGGCUCCACUGAGGCUCUUCACUUCCUGCGUGAUGGAGAGUCUCUGCUCAGUGCUGGACACGAUGGCAGGGUCCAGCUGUGGUCUGGAGGUCUCGGGCGCUCGGUUUCCAUGUUGGGGGAUGAAAAGAAGCUGUUGAAGUCCUCAGGGUCCAGACAUGCAGUGAUGUCUGAAGAUGCCGCUCUCUGUGUGGCUGUGAGGGGUUGCUAUGCUGCUGUGGGUUACCAUGGAAACGGACUUAAACUCUACAACAUACAGUCGGGUGGCUGUGUGUGGUCCAGUGAGGACCUGCGUGUGUCCAUGCUGUGUGUGCUCUGGUUGAAAUCUGCAGCAGGCGACGUCCUGCUCUCUGGAGGUUUAGAUCAGCGUCUGCGUCUGUGGAGGAUGCGGAGAGGACAUGAGGACACUCUGACACUCAUAGGAGUUUUGGGUGUUCAGACGGGCGCUAUUCUGGCUCUAAACCAGAACUCCUCUCACGUUGCCUCUGCAUCGGAUGACUUCACGAUCGCACUGUGGCUGAAGAGAGAGUUGACCUCUGACCCCUGGGUUGAGCCGAGAGCAGUGAGUGUUCUGAGGGGUCACAAUGGAGGGGUCACGUGUUUGGCCUUCAGUCCAACAGGAGAUCAGCUACUGUCAGGAGGAAAAGACAAGGCUCUGAUGGUGUGGACAGUAAACUCCUCUCCUCCAUCACUCUCUCGCUCUUUCCUACACUGUCAUGGGGACUGGAUCACAGGAUGCGCCUGGACUCCGUCUGCCCUACUGAGCUGCUCGAAUGACUGCAGACUGCGACUGUGGGACAUCCAGACAGGAAGUUGCAUCAGAGAAGUCUCGACUGCAUCCUCUGUGGGCACGCUGUGCUGCUGGAAGGACUAUGUGAUGUUGGGUUCUGCUGAUGGACAGCUGACGGUGUGGAAAUCUGAUUUAGGAGUGAUUACUGAAAUCAAGGCCCAUCUUUCUCGCCUCCACCACACCACCGUCAUCUCUAAACCAGGACUGGUGAAGAAACCCGAGGACGUACUGAUCGCUACAGCGUCUGAUGAUGGAUCUGUAAAGCUCUGGCAACCGCUGCAGGUUGAGCACCGCGGUACUCUGGUUGGUCACAGCGGUGGUGUUCAUGCUUUAGCGAGCAGUUCUGGUCCAAACUUCUUAACCGUGUCUGAGGAUCGCAGUCUUCGAGCCUGGAGCGUUAAUUCAGACGUGCCUCCCAGACAGAUGGAGAGUGUGAGUGCGAUGUGUUUCCUGGAGCUGCAGGAUGUGCUGGUGUGUGCUUUCAGCUCCGGCAGGCUGGAGAUGUGGCAGCAGCUCAGACGUCUUUACUCCAGUCAGCUGAGUGAUGGCUGUAUCACUGCACUCAGCAGUUUGCCAGAUGAGCAGUUAGCGGUGGGCUGCAGUGACGCUUCAGUUAGUGUGUGGAAGCUGGAGAGAGACAUGGAGCAGUGUAUCACGGGUCUUUCGAAAGUUUCCUCGUACACGCUGAAGAACAGUGUGAUGUUUUUGCACUACUGCACCUCCCUGCUGGCAGUGUGUGUGAACUCCAGCAUCAUCGACGUCUUUCCAAAUGCAAAAGGGAGAUGCAGAAAAUUGCAGGAGUGGCAGGAAGAAGUGCGAGUGUUGGGAAUUGAGGCAGACGGUGAAAACGGCUUGUGGCUGCUGAGAGAAGCUAGAAACGUUGUUCAACUGGCUUACCUGCGUGAUAAUUACAGAGGAGAAUGUGAAGGGGAAGGAACCAAAAGGAAGAAAAGAAGACAAAACGAUAAAGGACGGCUGCAGCUGGACACAGAGGUCAGCCUGAAACCAGGUUUCGAUCAGACGCAGAGGGAGGAGGAGGAGGAGGAAGAGGAGGAAGAGGAGGAGGAAGAGGAGACAUGCAAGCGCAGGGAGUACAACAUCACGGCUGUGGCUUUACGCGGCGAGCUGGUUGUAUGCGGAGAUUCGAAUGGCCACAUGUGGUUUAAUCAGACGCCGACCCUGAGCUCAUGGACUCCAAGGAGACCUGCGCACAGCGACAGGAUCAGCGUCCUGCGUCUCACAGAGAGCGCCGUCAUCUCCGCCUCGUACGACAGGACCGUCAAACUGUGGGACCGAGACACACACACACAGCUGGGCCUGUUUGUGUGUGGCGCUCCGGUCGAGGUGCUGCAGGUGAACCCGAAUGACCCGAGUCAGAUCGUGUGUGGAGACGCUCUGGGGCAGAUUUACUUCUUGUCCUGGAGAGGAUGACGAACACCUCCACACGGCCUUCCACACUCAGUCCAACAUUCACCAUACGAGCUCGGAGUUUGUCACUUUACCGCUUUGUUCCAGAGCAGUUUGGUAUGAAUUUGUUUUGAAACACUAAAUGUUCACAACUACGCACUACGUGAGUGCACUUUAUGUUCCUAUUGAAGUCGCCCCGAGUGUGUUCUUUUACACCUUUCAUAUAAUCCGAGACACAUGACCUGGCCGUCUCUAUCCUUUUACACUCCUUCGGAACACCAGGAACUCUCUCAUUUGCAUGCCACGUGUAUUCAUAACACUCCCCUGUCUUCCUACUCCUCCCAAACGCAGUACUGGGCUGCGUUUCAGUAUGUUCUGGUCAUUAAUGCUUUAAUUAUAUACACUUUACUGGUGCAGGAUGAUUUAUAUUUUUGUCAAAUCAUUUCGAUCUAAAUGCGAUAAAAAUGUGGAAAUUUUAAUGGGAUUCAACAAUUGAGUUGCUUAAUUUCUUCUUCACUGAAGCUGCAGGCCACAGUGACAUCAUACGGGUUUUUGGAGGCCAAGCAGCAAAGCUGCAUAGGUACUCCUCCUUCUCCUGCUUCCUCUUCUUCUUUUGAUUCUUCUUCUUCCCUGCUUCUUCUUCUUUUCUUCUUUUUGUGUCAAUGGCGACCCAUAGAACCAUAUCAUAAAAAAUUUUGAAAUUUGCCACACCGAUUGGGGACGGUCCCCUGAAUCUUUCCAGCAAGUUUCAUUUUCGCACCUGAGUGCUCUAGCGCCACCAAUGGGUCAAAUUUAUACAAGUAACUUGAACCGUGUGUCCAGUUUUCAAAAAUGAGGCAUCAUUGGAUUCCUUGGCUCAGGCCAAGUUCUCGGCCAAUUUUUAAUCAGCUGACAUGAAACUUGCUGCGAGUGGAGAUAGCUGUGUGAACUUAAUGUCAUUUUGCUUGGUUUUUUUUAUUUUGUUUUUUUGCUUUAAUUUGAAUUUUGGAAUAAAUUGCUGAAUAAACACUUAUGGAAAAUA